AUGUACUCGACCACUGACCAGGAGUCCAACGAGAAACAGUUGACGAAGACGGAAGUCUCGCCACCAAAGCUUACAUUGGGUCAGAAGAUCAUGAAGGAAGUGCAACAUUAUUGGCAUGGAACGAAACUUCUAGGCUAUGAAAUCAAAGUUUCGUCAAAAUUGCUUAUCAAGAUGCUGGCAGGUUACGAAUUGACCAGAAGAGAGACCAAACAAUUGACUAGAACGACGACAGAUAUCCUUAGACUAGUGCCUUUCUCUGUAUUCAUUCUGGUUCCUUUUGCAGAGCUUUUGCUGCCAGUGGCUCUCAAAUUGUUCCCCAACAUGCUGCCUUCCACAUACGAGUCAGAGAAGGACCGAAAACGGAAGACAUCCAAUUUGGCCAAUACCAGACAAAAAGCAUCGGAGUUCAUCCAAAAGACUUUUCGUGAAAGUGGAUUAAUUUUGCCAACCAAGAUAGAUGAGGCUGAUAAAGAGUUAUUCGUUAAAUUCUUCAAAACCAUCCACAGAGGAGCCAAGCCCAGCCACGAGGAAUUGAUAAAAAUAGCGAGAUGUUUUAAGAAUGACCAAGUUCUAGAUAACCUCUCACGUCCGCAAUUGGUGGCCAUGUCAAGAUAUAUGGGAAUGUCCGCAUAUGGAACAGAUGAGAUAUUGAGAUACCAAAUUAGACACAAGCUUAUGCAAAUCAUUAAGGACGACCGUGCCAUAGACUACGAGGGUGUGGACAGUCUGACCGUCCCGGAGCUAAAAACAGCAUGUGCCUCGCGUGGAAUCAAAACUACUGGUACAUCCCCAGCGCGUUUGCGGGAUGACUUGAGGAUUUGGUUGGACCUUCGAUUGAGACAGAAGAUUCCAUCCUCUUUGCUUAUUCUCUCCUCCACGUUCACAUAUGGUGAACAUGCUGACAGUUUUGAAAGCUACUAUGACGCGCUGUUGGCAGUUCUGUCCUCUAUUCCAGAUGAAUUAUACAAUGUCGCUAAACUCGAAAUGUUCCAGGACGAUGACGCAUUGAAGCUCAGCAUCCUCAAAGAGCAAGACGAGUUGAUCAAGGAAGAGAAUUUACGAAGCAAGAAUGUGAAGACUGGUUUGAAAGACGAUUUGAAUUUGGAUGAAUAUGAGGAAAAGAGAGACGAACCGGAAGAACCGAAGAGACUGAAAGAGCCAGAGGCACCAACGUCCAAGGAGAAGACAGGGGAGGAGUCUAAAGAAAUGGAGAAAAUAAAAGAAACAAGUAAAUAA